AUGGCCUCCCCAUGGAGGCUGCAAUGGUGGUGCACCUCGGUGAUGCUCCAGCGAGUGCACCCGUCGAGGCCAGACUGGUAUGAGGAGUUCUAUGCCUCGGCCAUGGAUCAGGGAAUGAAGUCAUACGAAGCAGAGAUUGCAGGAUACAAAGUAAAGCUCUUUUCUCAACUGUCGCCUGCAGGAAAGAGCAUUCUGGAGCUUGGUGUUGGGGCAGGGCCUAACUUCAAAUACUAUGCAAGUCAAGAUGGGGUUAAUGUAAUUGGAGUGGAUCCUAACAAGCACAUGGAGACUUAUGCAAGGACAGCUGCAGUGUCUGCUGGACUCCGGUCAUCAAGCUUCACAUUCAGAAGAGGGGUUGCUGAAGCCUUGCCAGCGGAAGACAAUUCGAUGGAUGCGGUGAUUGGCACACUGGUAUUGUGCUCUGUAAAUAACAUCGACAUGGCACUGAGAGAUGGUACGUUGCUCCAAUUUGUUCAAGGCGCGCUUGAUCCCUUACAGCAAUUUGUAGCUGACGGAUGCCACCUCACCAGGAAAACCGGACAGAGCAUCAGAGAUGUUGGGUUCUCGAGCCUGAGCCUGGACAGUGUCCGACUGUCAAAUGCCUACAUCAUUAGCCCUCAUGUUUAUGGCUUAGCCUGCAAGUGA